AUGAAAGGUACAGUUGAUGGAGGUCUUAAUGUUACACACUCAAUUAAGAGGUUCCCUGGAUAUGAUGCAGAAGCUAAAAAGUUUAAUGCAGAAGUACACAGGGGACACAUAUUUGGCCUACAUGUUGCUGAAUAUAUGCGCAACCUUGAACAAGAAGAUGAGGACUCAUUCAAGAGGCAAUUUAGCAAAUACAUAAAGCUUGGUGUCAGUGCUGAUGCGAUUGAAACCAUCUACAAAAAAGCGCAUGAAGCAAUACGUGCUGAUCCAUCUUAUAAGAAGAAGGAAUCUAAGAAGGAGAUUGUUAAGCAGAAGAGGUGGAAUAAGCGCAAGUUGACCCUGGCAGAAAGGAAGAACAGGAUCAAGCACAAGCAGAAGCUUAAUUUGACUUCAUCAAUAAAAACAACCAACCACUUCGAUAGGAGCCUGGACUGGUUAUAUCUUUAA